AAAGCUAGUCAGACCUCUCCCCUGGUGGGGUUCAUUCUCCUGGGGCUCUCAGCCCACCCAAGACUGGAGGAAACAUUCUCUGUGCUCAUCCUGAUCAUGUACCUGGUGACCCUGCUGGGCAACGGGGUCCUCAUCCUGGUGACCAUCCUUGACUCCCGCCUACACAAGCCCAUGUACUUCUUCCUGAGGAACCUCUCCUUCCUGGACAUCUGCUACACAACCUCCUCAGUCUCUCUGGUCCUGGAUGGCUUCCUGGCCCCCCAGAAAACCAUCUCUUUCUCCACCUGUGCCGUGCAGAUGUUCCUCUCCUUUGCCAUGGCAGGGACAGAGUGUGUGCUUCUGGGCAUGAUGGCGUUUGACCGCUACGUGGCCAUCUGCAACCCCCUUAGACACCCUGUGGUCAUGAGCAAGGCUGCCUAUGUGCCCAUGGCUGCCAGCUCCUGGGCUAUUGGUGGUGGUGCUUCUCUGGUACACACAUCCUUGGCAAUUCAGCUGCCCCUCUGUGGGGACAACAUCAUCAACCACUUCACCUGUGGGAUCCUGGCUGCCCUGAAGUUGGCCUGUGCCGACAUCUCCAUCAAUGUGAUCAGCAUGGGGGUGACCAAUGUGAUCUUCCUGGGGGUCCCAGUGCUGUUCAUUUCUGCCUCUUAUGUCUUCAUCAUCGCUACCAUCCUGAGGAUCCCCUCAGCAGAGGGGAGGAAAAAGGCCUUCUCCACCUGCUCUGCCCACCUCACUGUGGUGAUAAUAUUCUAUGGGACCUUAUUUUUCAUGUAUGGGAAGACCAAGUCUAAGGACCCCUGGGGGUAGACAAAGAGGAUCUUCCAGACAAGCUCAUCCCCCUCUUCUAUGGGGUGGUGACCCCCAUGCUCAACCCCAUCAUCUACAGCCUCAGGAACAAGGAUGUGAAGGCCUCUGUGAGGAAACUGGUGAGUCAGAAAUC